AAAAUAAAAAUUAAUAAUGAAUACAUUCCUAUAAGAAAGAUGAAUUAAUGAACGUACAAAUACUACUACUACUAAUAGCUCUCUCUCUCUGUAAGAGUUUAAAAACAUGCAGAAGUAGUAUGUUAACGUUAGGCGGCGCUCUAUAAAAGCGCAAAGUCCUGCUUAUCUCCAAGACAACCAAAUGUUCAAGGAAUGCUUUAGCUUGUUUAUUUGAGCGAUACGGUUAGAGAGUAUGGCAUAGAGUGAGUUAUUAAUAUUAUUAUAAUUUGUAUUUUUAAGAGAACGUUCAUUUCUGUAUUUAUGCUAGGACGUAAACAAAUUCACAACUUUAUUUUUGUCUAUUUAACAUGCUCCUUAUUACCCCGAAAUGAACGAAUCCUACUACGGAGAAGGCUUAUCUAAUGAAUAUUAAUUAGUCCUUGCAACCGUUGCUUAGCAACCUUCCUGCAGCGUCCAGUCACGAGCUUCAUUAGUAUUCAUGAGCCAGUCCUUCACCAUAGUAGGAUUCUCUGUCCAUUCAUUGAUGGCAACAAUGUAUCCGCUGCUUCGUGAGGACCAGAAUGUGAGUCGUGACUGACGUUCAGUUCACUCAGCUGAAGUUCUGGAGACUCUCUGAAAUGAAGCUGGGAAGGAAGAAAGAGGACUCUUCUGACUUACUAUGAGACAGCUUGGGUCGCUUGUUAGAAGAGUUGUAUUUAUCAGAGAUGUCCACCACUGUGUCCCCAACUGUCCCCUCCAUGAGCUUCAUAGCGGACCAGCGGACAAUCGUCGUGGGUGCAUUCUGUUGUCUGGUGUUUUUCUUCAUGAUCGUGGUGCUGUUGUUGAUCCUGUACCGGAAGGUUCCUCUCUGCUGCAAAAUGAGAGUUUAUCAGGAAUCUCGUACUGACAUGGAAGCUCCUCCUCAGUACUACAACAGCAGACAGACUCUAGUUGCUUCAUCUGAUGUUGAGCAAACACACGACACGGGUCAUGAUAACGUCAAUGCACAGUCAGGCUCUUUGUUCCUCAUCGGUGUGCCCAGCAGCUACUACCUGUCCUCACUGGAGCCUCCUCUUCCUCGUCUGCCCUCGUACGAGAGUGUGCGCAAGAAAGACAGACAACGGCAGAUCCAUAUGAUGAUAGCCGACCGCUUCGGCAUAGGCGGACCUAUUGUGACGGAGCCGCCUCCCACAUAUGAGGAAAGCAUUCGUCAGUCCGUCCAGUCCAUUGACGUUCCAUUUGACAUCCUGGCACCCGAGGAGCAUCCGAUUACGGUCUCUGAGCCUGGCACAGAUUUACCUGCUUAUGAAGCUCUACCUCACAUCACAGACUCACAAGAUCCCAAUGACAUUGUCCAUUAAAGCACACUCACGCAAAGGGAAGAAUGCAGUCCAUCAUCCUCGGCGGGAAAUGAACAGCUGUUGAGCUAUCGAGGCCCUGACAGCUGAUCGUUCACCCGGCACUGUAGCAGACGUGUGCGUGAAUCUGCUGUGCUUGCAAAAGACACCAAAAUACCAUAUGACUUGACCUAUGCAAUAACUUGCACUAGCACACUACGAGAGGAGAAAGAUAAUGCAUUACUACUGGAAAAAAAGGAGAGGAGAACAAGAAUAUGCUAGAAUUUAAGUUCUGUCUCUGUUAUACUGACACAGAUAUUUCCAUGACUUUUCCAAGCCUACAAAUUUAAAAGUUACAUGACAUUCCAUGAUUGAUAUAUAUAUAUAUAUAUAUAUAUAUAUAUAUAUAUAUAUAUAUAUAUAUAUAUAUAUACACAAUAGUGGAAAAUCUUAUUUCAUUUUGAUUAUAAAAACAAAUGCUUCUUUUGGAAUAAGAAUUGUUCACAAUACCACUAUAGGGACAUUUAUUAAGAAAGUAAAUAAAGUCUAUUUUCCUAUUUUCAUUUAUUUUCAAAUUUUUCUCAGAGAUGGCCGGUUCAUCUCAAACCAAAGUAGCAACUGAUGUACUGUACUGAACGUUUAUGCUUAAAAAGGGACAUGUGAAGCCAUGUUUUGGACAUUACAGGGAAGAUUUCUUGUUUUUGCUUUUCUUUUAUUACUGCUUCAUCAUCAUAUGUGCUUUUAUAUGAGAUAUAUGUUCUUUUUGCAAAAUUAGCUUAUUUAGGUAGAACAGAUUGUAUCAUUAUUUUAGGCAGAGAGAAUGGAAAUUAGUUUUGAUUCAGUUUUUAACCAAACUGGUGUCAUUUUUUUCCUUUGUAAAUAUAUGUUCCCAACUAAAUGACACCUUGUUGAAAUUCUGUUUGCUGAUUUACCAUGUAUAAAUGUGCUCAUUUGUUUUCACUGUGAAUAAAGAUGGCAAAUACAGAGAAAGUAUUGCAAGUUUGUAAAAGUA